CAAGUCCACUGAAAGAAGGUUUUUGUAAGGGUAUCUUUACAUUUGAUUUAAAUAAAAAAUGUAUUUAUUACAUUCCUUGUAGUCUCGUGUUAUUUCUUAAGUUUUCUAGAUUAUAACCAUAUUUGGCACUUUUGCGAAGAAAUUUCGAAUCAGCCAACGGCCUGGUCUCACUGUUAAACUCAAAAACUCCGACGAGGCUACAGCUGGCAUGAAGGAGAUCUCAGCACCAUGGACAGCAUCAUCCGUUUCUAGCUGUUCGGCGAACCGCUCCCUGACUUGUCACCAAACAGUCUUCUUGUAGGCUGCAGUGAAUUCAAAGGUUCCCAGUUUUAUCAGCCUCAAAAUGAGCCGCUAAGCAAAAGGAAAACGCUUGGUGGUGUUCUGCAACAAACCAGUUCAAGUGGAACUUUUCCAAUUGAUUAAAAGCCUGUAUAUUUCAGCGGUCACCUAAUGCAAACAUGUCCUACAAGUACUCACCCAGCCAAGAACGGCUCCAGGGUUGCGGGAUAGGAAGAAGGCUCGACAGAGGGGAAACGUGCCCACUCUACCGGCAGUACGUUUCCUCCUUGCUGGGUUUAUCCCUACCCAAUGUGCGAGAGAGCUGCCAAAAUGUCUCACAGACGACGGUAAACGUGGCGCUCUCUCCAGCGGUAGUGCGCUGAAUGAAUAAUUCUUGAGAAGACGGGGUUUAUAUAGCCCUUAAACGUCAUAAAACAGACACGUCAAACGAACGCAGCAUCAGAAUUCAGAAGACUUUCUGCGCUAGCAACUGUUGGCAAGGCAAAUGUUGUCAACGCGAUCGGAUAACAGCCUAUCAAAUAGCAUUAUACACUGCGCGUAAAGACGGAAAUCCUUGCUCAUUCCGACACCACUCAAAUUCGUAAGAAAUAUUAGCGAAUAUGGACACGCUUCGGGAAAAGAACUAUGAGUAUGAUUUGAGCUUUUUUUCGCUGGCCCCACUGACGAUUUAGCAGUAUUGUGAUUGUAUCCGGCCGGAAAGUACAAACACACAAUUCUGAAUACGUUCAACUGUCUUUUUGUCGUCUCGAAAAACAACGUGUCAGACGAAACAGACACAUAAAAAGGACACUUUGUAAGGAGAAUAAAACCAAAAUCCUGCACAUUUCAGUGUCUGAUUGAGGCCGCAGCUCCUAAUGACCCACCCAUUAGCAAAUUGGGUCUAUUCAUAUGAUAAGAGGAUGGUAAAUUGGCGAUCGCUAUUGGGUCAUGACGUGGCAAAAAAAAAACGCCCCAUUUCACCAGUAUAAACAAGUCCACAUGUUGGGUUGGUUUCAUUCCGACUGAAGAGCCACAAGAUGCCGCUACCUAUCUCUGCUACUGAGGCUUCGCACCGGAUUCAAGAGGAACUUGAUCUGGAGAGCGAGGAGGACAACCACUCCUCGGAUGAAAGUGGUGAAGACACUGAGGAUGAACGCAUCCACUUUGAGCUUCGUUUUGACCCCGCUGAAGAUAUUUGUAUUGAGUAAGUUAUAUUCAUUUUACUCUUGUCUUGUAUAUUCAUUUGACUCUAGCUCAAUGUAUGCUGUUGGUUAACUUAUAGGGAGUAAAACGCAUGCCAUGAUUUGCUCUUAGUUGGGUGUAUUAUUUCAGGUUACUGCCGUCAACUGCACGGUGAUUUUGAAUCAUAUAUGUCGCUAAGACUAUUAUACAGUAAAGGCAUAUCAUGCUCAGAGUUAAGUAUAAGGUGGACGUUUGGAGUAUGUUGUCUGCGCAGAAAGGAGUAAAACAAAGGCUUACACGGUGGCUAUAUAGCAGCCAGUGAUGUAAACAUACAAACGCUAAAAACAUGUUUUACUCCUGUUAGAAAUCAUUAAUGUAUGCUAUUAUAAUACUUAUGAGUAGGCUUAAGUCGAAACUAAUGAGGUGUAAAUGAUCGAAACUGGUGAAGUGAUUAUAGAAAGACAUGUAAAUAUAUGUAGUUGUCAUGCAUGGUCUGUCUAAUGUGUGAACUGCAGCGCGGAAAUUCUAUGUUUUAAAAAUGCAUGAACAUAAAAGGAAAGACUAACCUUUUUUAAUUUACUGUAACUUACAGAAACUUGGAGAACAUUGCACCCGCACCGCCAAGGAAAAGAGCACGAUGUCAGCCCAAACAGGAUGCGUGGUCAUGGAAGACAGAAAAUGAUGACGAUGCCACUCCAUCAACACUGCCGUUUCUUCCUGCAAGGGAGCCUGGUGUGCAGCUGAGUGCAGCAGACAACCACACUCCUCUGGACCUCUUCAAGUUGUUCUUUUCAGAGGAUGCUGUGGAAACCCUCUGCCAAAACACCAACAAGCAAGCUGCUGGGAACAUAGCCAGAGGUGCAACGUACAGAUGGGUGGAUGUUGGAGUCGCUGAAUUCUACAAAUACAUUGGACUGUUAUUCUACAUGGGCAUGAUCAAGCUGCGUGACAUUAAUGACAACUGGAAGAAUACCAUCUUCUCACUCCCUUUCCCGGCAGAGUUGAUGGCAAGAGACAGAUACAGAACAAUAUCCUGGAAUGUGCACAUGAGCGACCCAGAUGAGGAGAGAGUGAAUGAUGCCCAGACUGGAACCUCAGCACACGACGGACUGUUCCGGCUCAAACCCCUCAUGAACACCAUCCAGAAUGCCUGUAAGGCAUUCUAUCAUCCCCACAGGAACAUUGCUGUGGAUCAGCAUAUGGUGGCUUGCAAAGGACAUACCAUUUCAAAUGAUUUCAAGUUGUUUGUGCUAGCAGACUCCAGCAAUGGGUACACUUUGGACUUUUCCGUAUACACGGGAAAGAACAACUUCCCCACAGUGCAAGGCCUCUCUUAUGACUCUGUCAUGUCACUGAUUGACAUAAAGUAUUUGGGAUCUGGAUACCACGUGUACAUGGACGAUUUCUAUACAAGCCCAAAGCUUUUCAAGGACUUGUUGGCUUUCAAGUUUGGUGCUUGUGGAACAUACCGAGAUUCCCGGAGGGACUGUCCACGCAGUGAUGUCAAUGUACUGACAAAAAAGUCCCCUGGAGGAACGUACCGCUGGAUAAGGGAUGGUCCUCUUGUUUAUGUGAAAUGGAUGGACACACAAGAGGUGUCUGUCUGCUCCACCAUCCAUGCAGCCUACACUGGGGAUACAGUAAAGAGAAGAGUGAAAUCCAGACAGGGUGUCUGGUCUUCACAGUCCUUUCCAUGCCCCUCACCUGUGGUAGAAUACAACAAGUUCAUGGGAGGUGUGGAGGAGUUCAUGGGAGGUUUCCCAGGAGAGUUGAUCCAGUAUUACACAGCACAGCACAAAACCAUGAAGUGGUACAGGAAACUCUUUAUUCACUUCCUGGAUAUUGCUGCAACAAAUGCCUACCUUCUCCACAAAGAACUCAUGCAAAACAUGCACAAGGACAGCAUGACCCAGAAGGCUUUCAGGGAGGAGCUCACUGAACAGCUGUGUGGUGUCACUCAGACACAAAAGGCUCCUGUAAAGGAGGACAGUGAUUUGCACAUUCCAGUUUGUGGGGUUGAGCUGAACACUGAUGGUGGGAAGAAGGCUCAUGCUAACCGCAAGACCUGUGCAUAUUGCAGGAAGCAUAGGGGAAAGCAAGCAAAAACCCUUUGGAAGUGCAGAGCAUGUCAUGUCUACCUUUGCCUUCUACCAGAGAGAAACUGUUUUAAUGCUUGGCAUGAUGAGGAAUGAUCAUUUCUGUAAUCUAUUGAGAUAUAACCUACAGCUGAAGAGUCCAUAUUUGUAUAGUCUUUUGGGAUUUCAAAACUGAUGGUUGUGGGGACAGAAUGCCACAAUGACAUGCCAGGCCCAUUACCUAUUGGCCAUUGUAUUUCACAGGUGGGCCAUGAGCAGUGACAAUGGGGAGGGGCAAUCAAAUGUUUGUUUGCACCUACAGUAUAUCAUCAAUAUUCAUUGUGUAGGGACACUGGUUUUGGAGAGGAAAAGGUUACUCUGAAGUUACUAAUAUUUAGUAGUGAAACCAGAGAAUUGCUGAAGGCUGAAAUCACCCUAUGUGUAGUGAACAACUAUGUUUACAAGGUUCAGAGUUCAAAAGUCUUGGCCAGAAAUAUUUACAAUGUGUUGUAAGUCUCAAGUCCACUGAAAGAAGGUUUUUGUAAGGGUAUCUUUACAUUUGAUUUAAAUAAAAAAUGUAUUUAUUACAUUCCUUGUAGUCUCGUGUUAUUUCUUAAGUUUUCUAGAUUAUAACCAUAUUUGGCACUUUUGCGAAGAAAUUUCGAAUCAGCCAACGGCCUGGUCUCACUGUUAAACUCAAAAACUCCGACGAGGCUACAGCUGGCAUGAAGGAGAUCUCAGCACCAUGGACAGCAUCAUCCGUUUCUAGCUGUUCGGCGAACCGCUCCCUGACUUGUCACCAAACAGUCUUCUUGUAGGCUGCAGUGAAUUCAAAGGUUCCCAGUUUUAUCAGCCUCAAAAUGAGCCGCUAAGCAAAAGGAAAACGCUUGGUGGUGUUCUGCAACAAACCAGUUCAAGUGGAACUUUUCCAAUUGAUUAAAAGCCUGUAUAUUUCAGCGGUCACCUAAUGCAAACAUGUCCUACAAGUACUCACCCAGCCAAGAACGGCUCCAGGGUUGCGGGAUAGGAAGAAGGCUCGACAGAGGGGAAACGUGCCCACUCUACCGGCAGUACGUUUCCUCCUUGCUGGGUUUAUCCCUACCCAAUGUGCGAGAGAGCUGCCAAAAUGUCUCACAGACGACGGUAAACGUGGCGCUCUCUCCAGCGGUAGUGCGCUGAAUGAAUAAUUCUUGAGAAGACGGGGUUUAUAUAGCCCUUAAACGUCAUAAAACAGACACGUCAAACGAACGCAGCAUCAGAAUUCAGAAGACUUUCUGCGCUAGCAACUGUUGGCAAGGCAAAUGUUGUCAACGCGAUCGGAUAACAGCCUAUCAAAUAGCAUUAUACACUGCGCGUAAAGACGGAAAUCCUUGCUCAUUCCGACACCACUCAAAUUCGUAAGAAAUAUUAGCGAAUAUGGACACGCUUCGGGAAAAGAACUAUGAGUAUGAUUUGAGCUUUUUUUCGCUGGCCCCACUGACGAUUUAGCAGUAUUGUGAUUGUAUCCGGCCGGAAAGUACAAACACACAAUUCUGAAUACGUUCAACUGUCUUUUUGUCGUCUCGAAAAACAACGUGUCAGACGAAACAGACACAUAAAAAGGACACUUUGUAAGGAGAAUAAAACCAAAAUCCUGCACAUUUCAGUGUCUGAUUGAGGCCGCAGCUCCUAAUGACCCACCCAUUAGCAAAUUGGGUCUAUUCAUAUGAUAAGAGGAUGGUAAAUUGGCGAUCGCUAUUGGGUCAUGACGUGGCAAAAAAAAAACCGCCCCAUUUCACCAGUAUAAACAAGUCCACAUGUUGGGUUGGUUUCAUUCCGACUGAAGAGCCACAAGAUGCCGCUACCUAUCUCUGCUACUGAGGCUUCGCACCGGAUUCAAGAGGAACUUGAUCUGGAGAGCGAGGAGGACAACCACUCCUCGGAUGAAAGUGGUGAAGACACUGAGGAUGAACGCAUCCACUUUGAGCUUCGUUUUGACCCCGCUGAAGAUAUUUGUAUUGAGUAAGUUAUAUUCAUUUUACUCUUGUCUUGUAUAUUCAUUUGACUCUAGCUCAAUGUAUGCUGUUGGUUAACUUAUAGGGAGUAAAACGCAUGCCAUGAUUUGCUCUUAGUUGGGUGUAUUAUUUCAGGUUACUGCCGUCAACUGCACGGUGAUUUUGAAUCAUAUAUGUCGCUAAGACUAUUAUACAGUAAAGGCAUAUCAUGCUCAGAGUUAAGUAUAAGGUGGACGUUUGGAGUAUGUUGUCUGCGCAGAAAGGAGUAAAACAAAGGCUUACACGGUGGCUAUAUAGCAGCCAGUGAUGUAAACAUACAAACGCUAAAAACAUGUUUUACUCCUGUUAGAAAUCAUUAAUGUAUGCUAUUAUAAUACUUAUGAGUAGGCUUAAGUCGAAACUAAUGAGGUGUAAAUGAUCGAAACUGGUGAAGUGAUUAUAGAAAGACAUGUAAAUAUAUGUAGUUGUCAUGCAUGGUCUGUCUAAUGUGUGAACUGCAGCGCGGAAAUUCUAUGUUUUAAAAAUGCAUGAACAUAAAAGGAAAGACUAACCUUUUUUAAUUUACUGUAACUUACAGAAACUUGGAGAACAUUGCACCCGCACCGCCAAGGAAAAGAGCACGAUGUCAGCCCAAACAGGAUGCGUGGUCAUGGAAGACAGAAAAUGAUGACGAUGCCACUCCAUCAACACUGCCGUUUCUUCCUGCAAGGGAGCCUGGUGUGCAGCUGAGUGCAGCAGACAACCACACUCCUCUGGACCUCUUCAAGUUGUUCUUUUCAGAGGAUGCUGUGGAAACCCUCUGCCAAAACACCAACAAGCAAGCUGCUGGGAACAUAGCCAGAGGUGCAACGUACAGAUGGGUGGAUGUUGGAGUUGCUGAAUUCUACAAAUACAUUGGACUGUUAUUCUACAUGGGCAUGAUCAAGCUGCGUGACAUUAAUGACAACUGGAAGAAUACCAUCUUCUCACUCCCUUUCCCGGCAGAGUUGAUGGCAAGAGACAGAUACAGAACAAUAUCCUGGAAUGUGCACAUGAGCGACCCAGAUGAGGAGAGAGUGAAUGAUGCC